CAGGCUGCAGUGCGGGAGCUAUGGCGGCUUCUGAGGCGGCGGCGGCGGGACCCGGGGCUCUGGCCUCGGGCACCCCGGCCGGCCCGGCGGCCGCGAAGGGAGCCGCCGCCGCCUCGGGCCUGUGGGGGCCACCUGGACGGCUGAGGGGUAGCCGGCCACGGCCUGGGGCGGCGAGGCAGCAGCCCGGGGGUCCGACACCGGGGGUGCCCGCCGGGGAGCUGAUCCAGCCGUCGGUGAGCGAGCUGUCUCGGGCCGUGCGGACCAACAUCCUGUGCACUGUGCGCGGCUGCGGCAAGAUCCUGCCCAACAGCCCGGCGCUCAACAUGCACCUGGUCAAGAGCCACCGCCUGCAGGAUGGCAUAGUAAAUCCAACAAUAAGAAAGGAUUUGAAAACCGUACCCAAAUUCUACUGUUGUCCAAUUGAAGGAUGCCCUAGAGGGCCUGACAGGCCAUUCUCUCAAUUUUCUCUCGUAAAACAGCACUUUAUGAAAAUGCAUGCUGAAAAGAAGCAUAAAUGUAGUAAGUGCAGCAAUUCAUAUGGCACUGAAUGGGACUUGAAAAGACAUGCAGAGGACUGUGGCAAGACCUUCCAGUGCACGUGUGGCUGUCCUUAUGCUAGUAGAACUGCAUUACAGUCCCACAUCUACCGAACUGGCCAUGAGAUCCCUGCAGAGCACAGGGAUCCACCUGGUAAGAAAAGGAAAAUGGAAAACUGCCUGCACAACCAGAAGUUGUCCAAUAAAACCACUGAAUCACUGAGCAACCAACCAACCCCAAGAACAGACACUAAAGAAUUAGAAACUUCAGAAAUAAAGCUAGUCACUUCUUUUGAAGAUUCUUGUGGCUCUAAUGCCAGAAAGCAGACUCUUACAACAGCUCCAAGAUGUUCUCAGAAGUUGCUUUUACCAAAGCCCAGAGUAGCUUUGGUUAAACUCCCUGUCAUGCAGUUUUCUUCUGUGCCUGUCUUUGUGCCUACAGCUGACUCCUCGGCCCAGCCUGUGGUGUUAGGUGUCGAUCAUCAGGGCUCUGCCCCAGGUGCUGUGCACUUACUGCCCUUAUCAGUAGGAACCCUGAUCCUCGGCCUUGAUUCAGAGGCCUGCUCUCUUAAGGAGAGCCCCCCUUUUUCAAAAAUUGUGAAUCCUGUUGCUGUUGAGCCAAUAAGUACAGGUGUUCAAGUGAACUUGGGUAAAAGUUUGUCUGAUCCUUUACAUGAACUAGGGAACACAUGUCAAAAGAACAGCAUUUCUUCAAUCAAUGUUCAGACAGAUCUGUCUUAUGCCACACAACACUUUAUACCUUCUGCACAGUGGGUGAGCCCUGAUUCCUCUGUAUCAUCUUGUUCUCAAACUGAUUUGACGUUUGGUUCUCAAGUUUCCCUACCCAUUAGUGUUCAUACACAAACGUUUUUGCCCAGUUCUAAGGUAACUUCUUCUAUAGCUGCUCAAACUGAUGUGUUUUCAGAUGCCUGUUUCCAGUCAGGUGGGAUCUCCAGAGAAACUCAAACCAGUGGAAUACAAAGUCCAACAGAUGACCGGGUACAAAUGGACCAAGCUGUAAUGUGUGGAGACAUUUUUGAGAGUGUCCAUUCAUCAUACAGUAUUCCUACAGACAAUAUUAUAAGCAGUAGCUUAGUAGGAGAGACUGUAACUCAUGGUCUGUUACCUCAGAACCACCCUAAGACUUUAAAUCAAGAUAUUGGGAAACCUGCACCAAUUAUAAACUUCAGUGCACAGAACAGUAUGCUUCCUUCCCAGAACAUGACAGAUAAUCAGACCCAAACUAUGGAUUUAUUAAGUGAUUUAGAAAACAUUUUGUCAAGUAAUCUGCCUGGUCAGACACUGGACAAUCGUAGUCUUCUGUCUGACACAAAUACUGGACCUGACACCCAGCUCCCAUCUGGCCCAGGCCAGAAUUCUGCGAUUGAUUUUGAUAUCGAAGAGUUCUUUUCGGCCUCAAAUAUCCAGACUCAAACUGAAGAGAGUGAGCUUAGCACCAUGACCACAGAGCCAGUCUUAGAAUCACUGGACAUAGAAACUCAAACUGACUUCUUACUUGCAGACGCUUCUGCCCAGCCCUACAGUUGUAGGGGAAACUCUAAUUUCUUAGGCCUUGAAAUGUUUGACACGCAGACACAGACAGACUUGAACUUCUUUUUAGAUAGUAGCCCUCAUCUGCCUCUGGGAAGUAUUCUGAAGCACUCCAGCUUUUCCAUGAGUACUGAUUCAUCUGACACAGAGACCCAAACUGAAGGAAUCUCCACUGCUAAAAACAUACCUACUCUAGAAAGCAAAGUUCAGUUGAACAGUACAGAAACACAGACCAUGCAUUCUGGCUUUGAAACCCUGGGAAGCUUGUUCUUCACCAGCAAUGAAACUCAAACAGCAAUGGAUGACUUCCUUCUUGCCGAUUUGGCCUGGAACACUAUGGAAUCUCAGCUCAGCUCUGUAGAAACUCAGACGUGUGCAGAACCACACACAGUCUCCGACUUCUAAAAAUGGAGUCCAUGUGUGGGAUGCGUUUACAAUUUCCUUCUGGAUUUAGAAAAUGAAGAGUGGAGAAAACAGUAUUAACUCUGUUGAAUGUAGUUGAUAGGCAGUUACUUUGAUUUUUUGAGGUUCUUUGCCUUUUGUACUUGUAAACACAAAAUUUGUAUAAAUGUGAGUGUAUUAUAAAUUGAAGACAUUGAUCUAAAAAGGAUUGCAUUGCGUUGCCUACAUUUGCCCUUUCAUUGCUAGCUAGUCUUUCCAUACUUAUAAAGAAAAAAAAAGGAAUUUCACACCUUCAAAACCCAUCAAGUCAUGUCGCUGAAGCCAAGCUUACCAGGUACUAGGGUACAGACUUCAAAUCUCCACAAUAUUUUAGUUUAAGUGUUACUUACUUCAAUUGCACCUAAAAUAUUUUUGACAGUGCUUGUUAGAAAUUCCUGCUUCCUGAUAAUAAUACUUAAAUCUAAUGCCGUGCCAUCAGAUGUAAAUGCCAGUGUUUAGAUGGUUUGAGACUCAUGCUCCCUGCAGCUUCAUCUGCUUUGACAUCUCUUUUCUGACUUGCAGACACAAAAGAAAACAUCUGCCUUUAGCUUGUCAGGCAGUUUUCAUGUAGUCUUUGCCAUCCUUUCUCUACAUGAACUAUUGAUAUCAAUGUAAGUGUACCGUACUUUCCUCACAAGACUUGUGUUGUAAAAUUACUGCUUAAAGUAGUAGCAGCAAGCACUUAGUGUAAAUAGUGGUCCUUCUAGUCUAAGUAACAGUCAUUCCAAUGGGUUGUGGAAUCAUGCCUAUUAGCUUAUUCCAGAGUGUGCCCUACAAACAUCACCACCUGAGCUGUUUGUCUAACUGCAUGGGCUGAUCUGAGUUUUGUCACUCUAAAUUUUUAGAGAAAUGGAAAAAGGACAUUUCCCACUAAAUUUCAAUACAUUGCAUUAGCUUGAAAGGGAAGAGUGCAAUCAAACAAUUAUUUUAAAGUGAAUCUUCUUUUCAUCCACCUCUAGUUUCCUUAAAUAAGGAAAGACAUUGGUCUAGCAAAGAUAUUAUUUGUGCCUUGAGGAUAGCAAUUAUAGAAUAGAUCCAGCUUCUGCAUUUUGUUGCUUUAUUUGUUUAGAAAGGGUAAUACCAGCCAGUCUUCAAAGAAAACUGAGGUGAAGACCUAUUGCUUCAAUAAUCAAGAACAUCUGUUUCGAGAUGGGAGCGUGGUCAAGGAUGCUUUGGGGAUAUUUAGGAAAUCCUGAAUUCUUGAUUGUUGGCCAACUUUCAGGCAAGUAAAAAUCUGCAGCCUGUAGGUUUCUAACUUUACCAAAAGAAAAAAAGUUCUACCUUCUGUGGCACAUGGUUGUGCUGCUAAAGGAUACAUCCUGAAAACCUAAGGAGGGGACUAGUAAUAAUUCAUUAAAUUGUGUUGUUAAUUCCUAUUUCAUAGAGUUAUUGUUCAUAAUGGGUAAAUAGCAUAUCCUGAGCAGAUGAAUUUGACCUGGUAGAUAAAAGUUUGCUUUGGUCAAGUUGCCUAUGAAUAUGGAUUUCAAAACAAACAUAAAGCCUUAACUUAGGAUUUCAUUAUGUUUUAGAAUCAUCACUGCCUUAAUGUUCACACAUUUAUUUAAGUCCUCCUAGUAAAGGAGAAAUGCAUGUUUGUUUUAUGGCUUCUUGUACAUAUAAACGCAGUGGUCUAUGGCUUUAAUUUUUUUUUUGUUUCUGUGACAGUGUUUGUUAAUCCAGCCAAUAGAGUUAUUUACAGAAAACGGAGCAUGUAAUAGUUCUUUAUGUACAUGUAAGAACUGUGUCUCCCAAAACCUUAGUUACCUGAAUUGUUUCUAAGAUUAUUUGUAAAAACAAAAUGGUUGAUUAAAGAGAAGUAAGAAUUUUC